CAUCCAGAGUUAGAGGGGAUAUGGGUGUGGAAAACCGUGAUGUUGCUCAUUACAUGUUGAGCCAUCCAGCAAGAGGACCAUCUCGUGGGAGUUAUAUUACUGGCCGCAGUGUUCACAAUUCAAGGAUUGAGCGAUUGUGGAGAGAUGUAUAUCAAACCGUUCUAUCCAUGUUCUACGACCUGUUCACACUUAUGGAAACGGACGGAAUCCUUGAUCCCGAUAAUGAACGCCACCUCUUUUGCCUUCAUGAAGUUUAUAAGCCUGUCAUCAAUGAUAUGCUUACAAAAUUUUCAAACGCUUGGAUACAUCACAAGAUGCGCACAGCUGAAAAUAAAAGUCCUCUUCAACAAUUUAUUAUGGGCAUGCAACAAAUACAACACGAGAAUGGUACUAUUGCCAACGAAUAUUUUGAAAAUCUUUCUGAGACCGAAUUAAAUACUUAUGGUGUGGACGUACAGGCAGGUUUACCACAGUACAAUGAUGACGACGGAGUAGUAGUGCCGGACACUACAAAUCCACUGGAUGAAACAGCUUUUGCUGAUUUUUUACACAGAGUGUCAACAGUAGAGCGCACAGACCCAUGGGACACUGAACCGUACCUAUAUGCGUUGCAAACACUUGACAAUUUACUACCCGAGGAAUCGCAGUAGUAUUUAAUAACUGAAAAGUGGGAGUGAGUCUCAACUGCAUGAUAUUCCACAAAUUGUGCAUAUACCACAAAACAACAAAUGUAAAUAUCAUGUAACCUACAUGAUAAAUGUCAAUACAAAUACAAAUGUCCCCUUUUUUUAGAAUUAAAAUAAUUUCGGGAUAAUAUUGAAACAUGUAUU